CCAUCACCAUGGAUAUGCUCAUAGCGAACGUCGAUAGCUGGACAUUCAAGAUAGAGAAGGAUCUGAACGAACAGUAUGGAGCGCUCGCACUUCCGUUCCCGGGGAUGGACAAAUCCACUGCUGCCGUUUGCUUGUUUUUCAAUGCAUCCGAUGGGACGGAAUGUACAAAGGGCAAUUCGUGUCCGUUCCGACACAUCCGCGGCGAUAGAACGAUCGUGUGCAAACAUUGGCUGCGUGGGUUGUGCAAGAAGGGCGACCAGUGUGAGUUUCUGCACGAGUACGAUAUGACCAAGAUGCCGGAAUGUUACUUCUAUUCUCGCUUUAACGCCUGCCACAACAAGGAGUGUCCAUUUUUGCACAUUGAUCCGGAAAGCAAAAUCAAAGAUUGCCCUUGGUAUGAUCGAGGUUUCUGUCGGCAUGGUCCAAACUGUCGGCAUCGGCACGUUCGGCGUGUGCUAUGUAAUAACUAUCUGGCCGGGUUCUGUCCGGACGGGCCCGAGUGCAAGUACAUGCAUCCACGGUUUGAGCUACCGCCACCGCCGGAAAUUAAGGAUCAAACACCGAAACGUCCAACGACCUGCCAUUACUGUGGGGAGGUGGGUCACAAAGCGUCCUAUUGUCCGAAAAUGCCACAGGAGCAACGGGAAGCGACACAACGCAUGGAGGAUGCCAAGUAUCGUGCCCUUGGGUACUACAAACAUCGAAUACAUCAGGAUAGCGCUAACAAUUCCAAUGCUGGCGGUGGUGAAGAAGGCAAUUUCGUACCACAAAAGCCUCCACCACGUCCAAUAGAAGAAAUUACGUGUUUCAAAUGUGGCAUCAAGGGACACUACGCCAACAAGUGCACAAAGGGGCCGCUGGCUUUUCUCUCCAACAAUGUACAAAGAAAGUAAGCUACCGCGUGUCGUUACUUUCCGUCCAGCUUGGCGGAUGUUUCCUUUCCUUUCUUUCUUAACAGUAAUAAUAAGUUGUAUAAAACGAAUUGAAAUAA